AUGGAACCACAGGUCUUCCCCUCAUCCUCUAAGGACAAACCUCACAGCAGUCCAGUCCAGUUCGCGCAGGACAAGCAUCACGAUUGGAACCGAGAGCCAGGCAUUGUUCAACUACCUAACGCACCUUUCGAUCGGCUCGAAAUGGUUCGCGAUUUGCACGGAAAGGUGGUGUGGCUUUCUUUGAAAGACUUCGUCAACAAGCUUCUUCCGAUACCUCGACGCCUGCUCUUCAACAAAUUCCCGCCCGAGCAGAUGUCAAAGAUCAACGCCGCCCUCGAAGGAGUAAUUCAGAACUAUAAACAGCGUGCCCAGGAGAACAAACGCCUUCCUGAGGAUCAACUUGCUACUGACUUUACGGAUGUGAUCAACAGAGAUGUUCUUGCCCAUUCCGCUGGAGACAUCUCGAACAUGGACCAACCUUCGGUUACCGUUCCCAUCAUCCCUGCCGACUCAUCCACGCACCUCGCCAGUGGCGCAGACGAAGCCCUCGACUCCACCACACGAUCCUCUCACCCGAUCCAGCACACAGACACGAUCGACACAGUCCCUCACUACGUCGUACGGCUCUCUCCCCACAAGUGGGACCUGAGCGAUCCCGCUAGGAACAAGUCCGAUGCAGCUCUCUUCAAGAAGGACGUCGAGCUCGAAGAAGGUCGGCCCAACUGGCAACAUCAGCGGGCGUUCUUCGAGUUUAAGCAGGAGGGCACACAAAACGAUCCUUUCGAAGACGCACAGAAGCGUGACGUGGAGGUGCUAGCGGACAAGAGACAGAAGGUACGGGGCCAGCUCAUCUCCUACGCCGACCGCGUCUUCCUCUAUCAACAUCGUACUGCCGCCUUCUCUCUCUUUGUGAUCGGAAAGGAGUUCCGUGUCAUGCGCUGGGAUCGGUCUGGUGUCUUUGUCAGCGAGAAGGUGGACUACCUCUUGCGCACGGACGCGUUGGUCGAAGUGCUCCUGGCGCUGAUCGUCAUGGACGACGAGGCUCAAGGCUUUGACACCUCGGCGACGCUGCUUCAGAAGGAUUCCGACGAUUAUCGGUUGAUGGACACCCUUGCGGACGUCAACAUCUCCUUUCACCUUCCUGUGGUCAGCUCCGAAGAAGGUACCCCGCUCCCUAAGAAUCUCGCCUCUGUCCCGUCUCAGCCGCUACCCACCAAUACAAAUACGGUCAUGAACGAUCCCAGUCCCGGUCUUGCUGCUCAAGCUGAGGACAGUGAUUCGGAAGAAACGGUCACUCUGAAGAUCCCUAAUAGCGACUCAUUCGUUUUCGACUACGUUCUCGACUACUUCCGCAAAUCUGUCACAGACUGGCCCCGCUACAACCUCACCAUCAACGACGAGGAGUUUCUUGUCGGCAAGCCGCUCUACCACACGCGCGGGCUCGUUGGUCGAGGCACCCGUGGUUACGUGGCAUACCGCAAGCGGACGAGAACAUUCGUGUUCCUCAAGGACGCUUGGCGGCCAUUCUACGAGAAUGUCGUUUCUGAAGGCGAGAUUCUAGACAAGCUCAACAAGGACGGUGUCUGCAACAUACCGACUCUCCUUACCGCUCAACUCUUCGACCACGAGACUCGCGUCUCGCGUUACUGUUAUAAGGAAGACCUCAGAACAAACGAAGAGCGUAAGAUGCAGGCCCACGAGGGCCCCUCGGACGGACCGCACGGAGUGAAGCGUACCCAGAGCGGGAUGCAGGAAGAGCUGAAGUCCUAUGUGCGACACUAUGGCCAUCACCGUCUCGCUCUCAAGGAGGUUUGCCUCCCGAUAACGGCAUUCCGGUCCAGCCGCCAGCUGGUCAGCGUAGUAGGGGAUGCGGUUGAAGCCCACUAUGAGGCAACGACCAAAUCAAUGAUGAUACACCGCGACAUCAGUAGCGGAAACAUCCUCAUUCUUCCGAAAUUUGUCAUACCAGACGACGGCGACGGGAAUACUACACUACGGAUACGUUGGCGUGGCAUCCUUGCAGAUUGGGAGUUGUCUAAGCCGCUACAGGACGUCGGUGCUCGACAACCCGAGAGAACGGGUACUUGGCGUUAUAUGUCAGUGGCGUCUCUCUUGGAUGCCUUUCAUAUAGUCGGCACUGCGGACGAAAUCGAGUCGUUCUUCAACGUUGUGCUGCAUAACGCCAUCCGCUACUGCUCCCACAACGUGGAGCUAUACGUCUCCUCAUUCAUUGACAACUACUUCGUCCGGUUUGAGCAGCUACCCGACGGGACUAUUCAGUGUCCAGGGGCCAAGGUCAACGCGAUCAAAAACACCGGAGAAAUCCGUGUUUCCAACAACACCAGAGUUGAAUUCGGGGUGAAUGGAAGGCCCAACAAGGCGCUGAACGAUCUCAUUACAACUUUGUUGAGAUGGUUCAAGGCGCGGUAUGACGUGGAGGAGUACGAGGACUCGCUUCGAUCGCAGGAGACGUCGACUUCGGCGACGGAUGCCGCCUCAGAGUCGAGACCCCCUCCCGCCCAACGUCAACGUGUCGAUUCGAGUGCUUCCAAGACUGGCUCCCCCUUCCAGGGGACGACCUUCCGCGAGGAUUCGGCCGUAAGCGGGCUCGUCAAACCUUCGACAGAAACAUACAAACGGGCCGCCAGACUACACGAUCACCAUGCCGUUCGCGGCCUCUUCUGGGAGAUCUUGCAUUCCGAAGACGAAACUGAUUGGCCGCAAGAUGAGGUACUUCAAGACCACUUGAAAAUUCUUCGUCCGCUCGAGCCGGUGCCCGAGGAGACGACCAAUGGCUCCACAUCGAGAGCCUCUGCCAACAGCGUGCCGAACCUCCAGCCCGUCUAUUACAAGACGACAGCUAAGCGAGCGGCGACUGCGAGCGGAGUACCUAAGCCCUGGCGGGCCACUACGUCCCGUCGGCGCUCGCAAUACUUGUUCUUCUCAAAUUCGACGCUGGCUGGCACACUCCCCGCACUGAAAGCGUAG